GCUAGGAGUUCCAGAGGUCAGUUGAUAUUCAAAGAUCGAACGGGUCAAUUGAUCACAGUGAAUCUUAAUUAAAUUUUUGUGUGCAGCCGGCAACUCAAGAUGACUUUAACUGAAAUACUGGGAAAGAAAUACAAGCUUGACAAAAGCGAGAAUUUCGACGAAUAUAUGAAAAAACUAGGUGUUGGAUUGGUGGUCCGCAAAAUGGGAGCAGCAGUUUCACCAGUAGUGGAUCUACAAAAGGAAGGCGAUGAGUAUGUUCUAUCAUCGAUAUCAACCUUUAAAAACGUAAUUUUGAAAUUCAAGCCAGGAGUGGAAUUUGACCAAGAAACUCCUGAUGGUCGUAAGGUAAAAUCUACCAUUACAAUUAAUGGAAACACUUUGCAUGAAGUCCAAAAGGAUGCCAGUGGAGCAGAAACUGUAAUUGAUAGGACAUUUUCCGCCGAUGAAAUUAAAAUGGAAAUGUCCGUGAACAACGUCAAGGCUACCAGGACCUACAAAAUCCAAGCUUGAUAGUUUAUGAUUACCUAAUAAGUUAUUAUAUUUUUUAAUGUUUUUGUACUGGUCCGAGAUGCGUAGUAAUUAUACCAAAAUGAGUUUAUCUAUACCUUUUAUUUUUUAUUACGUUAUUAAAUUUGUACUGAUUUGUAAUUAUGUAUGUAGUGGAAUAUAUACUCAUGGAAAUACAAGCAUAG